AUGACUGAGUGCAAAUCUGUUUCAACUCCCUUAUGUACCACAGAAUCAGUUCCCUCUACUCUUUAUAGGUCUAUCAUUGGCAGUCUAUUGUAUCUCAUAGCUUUAAAACCUAAAAUCAUGUAUUCUGUGGGGUUGGUAGCAAGAUUUCAAAGCAAUCCUAGACUCUCUCAUCUUCAGGCUGCUAAAAGGAUUCUGAGAUAUGUCAAGGGUACUAUUUCCUAUGGUCUACAUUAUAUCUUCUCGUCUGCAUUGCCUAUCACAGCCUUUUCAGAUGCUGAUUGGGGUGGAUCCUUACCUGACAGAAAAAAAGCUGAAUACAUAGCUGCUUCUCAGGCUGGUUCUCAACUUCUUUGGAUGCACACUACUCUUGCUAAUCUUGGUCUUCAUUUCUCAGGUCCUCCUAAACUCUAUUGUGAUAAUCAAAGUGCCAUUGCCAUAAGCAAGAAUCCCACACUUCACUGGAAGAGUAAACAUAUUGACAUCAAAAAGAAAAGGCUUCGUUGGCAUGGAGGGAAAGAGGGUCAGGGAGAGAAAGAGCUAGAGAAAGGUUUGAAGGAAGAAACAAAGCAACCGUUCAUUUGGGUAUUGAGAGAUAUGUUUGUGGGAGAAACAAGAAGAGCUCAACUACCAAAAGGGUUUGAAGAAAGAGUGGAAGGAAAGGGAAUGGUGGUGAAAGAUUGGGCACCUCAAUUGCAAAUUCUUGGACACGAAUCAAUAAGAGGGUUCAUGAGUUACUGUGGUUGGAAUUCAUGUAUGGAGAGCAUUAGUAUGGGGGUGCCAAUUGCGGCAUGGCCUGUGCAUUCAAACCAGCUGAGGAACACUAUACUCGUAAUAAAGUUACUCAAGGUUGGCCUAGUGGUCAAUGAUUGGGCGCGUCGUGAUGAGUUGGUAAGCUCAUCAACGGUUGAAAUAGAUAUGAAAAGAUUGCUGGUGUCAAAGGAAGGAGUUGACUUGAGGAAAAGAGUGGUGGAAAUGAGUGGUGCUGUCAAACAGUUAGUGGAGGAAGGCGAUGUGUCACGCAUGGAAUUGGAUUCUUUCGUUGCUCAUAUCACUAGAUCAUAA